CUCCACACACCCGCCGGAUCCCGAAUGCUCGCCGCCAGCGACGCCCCGUCCACCUCCAGCCCCGGCCCCGGGGCGGGCGACGACGACGACCGCGUCUUCCUCGUCCAGCACCGGUGGUGGAAGGAGGCGCGGGACGGCGCGGGGAUCGACGCGCACGGGGUGCCCUACGCGUCCACGCCCGCGGGGGGGCCCACAUCCUACGGGAUGAAGGUGCUCAGCCUCAUCAUGAACGACUACACCGCCGCCUUCACCCUCCGCAAGGCCGACGACCUCGCCGCCGUCCUGCCCGACGCGCCCGCCAAGCCCGGGGCCAGGAGCUACGCGCUCGUCGCGGCAGACCUAUUCGACAAGGCGCGCGCCUGGUGA